AUGCAAAGGGAUGACGAGACAAGCCGGUUGCUUCCCUCUCCAGUAUUUCAGAUGAAGUGGCGGCCUGGGGUGCAGACGAGGAAAGGGCGGAAGCUGUUUAAUUUUUCGCGGAGAAUUCGAUCCCCUUCGGAUCCUGCAAGCCCCGUUGGUGCGGAAAGGGGGAGGGAAGCGCCUCCGUUGCCGCCUGCCACAGCAGCCACCAGUGACGGCCGGAAAGUUGAGCUGGCAUCGUAA